UCUGUUUUUGCGAACACCUUCCAAUGGAUUAUUCACCUUUGAAUUCCACUGUCUUUCAUCGAACAGCUUUCACUCAUUCUCAAGUUUCAUUCCCCUUCUUCAGUUCCAAAACAAUCCCACCACAUUGCCUUACCCUCAACAAACGACCCACGAUCUUACGCUGCUCUAAUUCUUCCACCAGCAAUAGUAAUAACAAUAUGGCAGGGCUCCCCGUGAAGAAGAAGAGGAAACGGUAUAGGAAACAGUACCCUGGAGAGAGCGAGGGCAUCACUGAAGAGAUGAGGUUCGUUGCCAUGAGACUCCGUAAUAUUAAAGGGAAAAAUGUCACUUCCAGUAGUGGUUCUGACACCGAAGCUGACACUGAAAAUACCCAAGGCGAAGAAGAAGAAGGGCGUGGAGAUGAUUCUGAAACAGAGAAAGGCAAUGAAAAUUGUGGGGAUGGAGAAACGGAGACUUGGAGUUCCAGUAUGGAAGGAUUUCUUAAGUACUUGGUUGAUAGCAAACUCGUCUUCAGCACUAUUGAGCGCAUCGUUGAUGAAUCCGAUGAUGUUGCUUAUUCCUACUUCAGGAAAACUGGAUUGGGAAGAUCAGCAUGCCUUUCUAAAGAUCUAGAAUGGUUUAGCCAACGAGAUUUUGUGGUUCCUGAACCUAGCAAUCCUGGAGUUUCGUAUGUCACGUAUUUGGAGGAAUUAGCUGAGAAAAGUGCCCCACUUUUCUUGUCCCAUUUUCACAAUAUUUAUUUUUCGCACAUAGCUGGUGGUCAAGUGAUAGCAAGAAAGGUUUCUGAGCAGCUACUUGAAGGGAUGGAGCUGGAGUUCUAUAAAUGGGAGGGUGAUGUGGAAGAAUCAUUGAAAGGUGUCCGCGAGAAGCUCAACAUGCUUGGCGAGCAUUGGUCUCGUGACAAUCGAAACAAAUGCCUGAAAGAAGCAGCAAAGUCGUUCAAAUUUUUGGGGCAGAUAGUUCGUUUGAUAAUCUUAUAAACGGGAAUUGGUUUCAAAUCAAUGCUCUGUAUAUUUGCAAUGCAUAGACCUAGUUGUCGGGAUUGUUGUGACAUGUCUACAAAUGGAAUAUUGCUACCACUUCCAUGCGUUCAAGAACAUCAAUGUCCUCUAGUGGUGACACUGUUACCUGGGGGACACAGACACUUGGGAAAGGAAGCAACCUUUGUUGAAAGCCAUGAAAAUGGUGGUGACUGCUGUCUCCACUGAAGAUGUGUGAAAAUAUACCGGCAAGUUUGACAGUGGCAAUGUUUCCUGUUCUUUGUUGUUUGGUUUUUAAUGUAACAUGCAU